UUGUCGGAGGAGGAGCUUCAGACGGUGAAACUUUUCAUGGACAACACACCAUCCGUCGUCAACAUUGCAAACAUAGCGGAGCGGACGAAUUUCAGGACGAUGGACACGAUGCAGGUUCCCCAGGGGACGGGCUCGGGGUUCAUAUGGGAUACAAAGGGGCACGUGGUGACUAACUUCCACGUCAUCCGGGGGGCCUCCGACAUCAAAGUGGCGCUCAUUGACUCCUCGGUAUACCCUGCCAAGGCGCGGGGGGACCCGGACAAGGACAUAGCGGUGCUGCAGCUGCAGGCGCCUGAAGAGAAGCUGCGCGAGCUGCGACCUGUCACGCUCGGCACCUCAACCAACCUCCUAGUGGGCCAGAAGGUGUAUGCUAUCGGAAAUCCCUUUGGGCUGGACCACACGCUCACUCAGGGCAUAGUGUCGGGGCUGGGGAGGGAGCUGGCGACGCCGGGCUACAGGGGCGUUCCCAUUAAGAACGUCAUCCAGACAGACGCUGCAAUCAAUCCCGGCAACAGCGGCGGAGUGUUGCUCAACAGCAAAGGGCGCCUGGUCGGCAUAAAUACAGCCAUCGCUGACCCCACCGGCGCCAACUCGGGCGUGGGCUUUGCAAUUCCCAUCGAUGGCACCAAGGGGCUAGUGGAGCAGAUUUUGACCUAUGGAAAGGUCGUGCGGCCGAUCUUGGGCAUCACAAUAGCUCCCCCACAGACCGUGCGCCAGAUCGGGGUAGAGGGCGUUCUCAUUCUGGAGGUGCCACCUGGCGGCCCCGCAGCCAACGCAGGCAUCAAGGGAACUUUCAGGCGCGCACCCAUCAUCCCCCCUUGCCUUCCUUGGGACGAACUGGGCCGAGUGGUGUUGGGGGAUGUGAUAACAGCGAUAGAGGGGCGCGAAAUUAAGUUGCAGAGGGAGCUGUUCGAAAUCCUGGACGAGAAGCGGCCAGGGGAUAAGAUAAAGGUGGAGGUCCUGAGGGGCGGCGAGAAAAAGAGGUUUGAAGUGAUCCUGGGGGGCCGCGAUGUUUUGGGCACGGAGUGA